GUCACUUUGACCUGCUUCCUCACCCCCACCACGAUCCAAUUCAUACCAUUCAAUCUUAAUUUUCACCAUGGCUGAUCCCAGCGGUGUUAAGGAAGCCGAGGCCUCCAUGGCCAACCUUUUGCUCGACGAGGUCACCGGUGAGCGCGUGUCCAAGACCGAAUUGAAGAAGCGCCAGAAGCUGCGCGAGAAGGAGGCCAAGAAGAAGGAGAAGGAGGCUGCUGCCCCUCCCAAGGCCGAGAAGAAGACUUCCGCUGAGGAUGAGGAGGCUAACCUGACUCCCAACCAAUACUUUGAGAUCCGCAGCAAGCGCAUCAACAAGCUGCGUGAGACCAAGAACCCGGAUCCGUACCCGCACAAGUUCCAGGUCACCGACGACCUGCGCAAGUUCCUCAAGGACUACGAGAGCCUGGAGAAGGGCGAGCAGAAGCCCGAUGUCCCCAUCCGCCUGGCUGGACGUAUCUACACCAAGCGUACGUCUGGAGCCAAGCUGUUGUUCUACGACCUCCGCGCGGAGGGCGUCAAGGUGCAAAUUGUGUGCCAGGCGCAGAACGCCAAGGGCGAGGUUCCCUUCGAGGCCCAGCACGAGCCCCUCCGCCGCGGUGACAUUAUCGGUGUGAUCGGUUUCCCCGGCCGUAGCAACCCCAAGAACCGCCCCGACGGUGAACUGUCCAUCUUCGCCACGGAGGUCGUGCUGCUGGCCCCCUGCCUGCACGCCAUCCCCUCCGAGCACUACGGCUUCCAGGACAAGGAGCAGCGCUUCCGUCAGCGGUACCUGGAUCUGAUCAUGAACGACCGCUCCCGUAACGUCUUCGUCACCCGCUCCAAGAUCGUCUCCUUCAUCCGUCGCUUCUUCGACAGCCGUGACUUCGUCGAGGUCGAGACCCCCAUGAUGAACGCCAUCGCGGGCGGUGCCACCGCCAAGCCCUUCGUCACGCACCACAACGAGCUGGACAUGAACCUGUUCAUGCGCAUUGCCCCCGAGCUGUACCUGAAGAUGCUGAUCGUCGGUGGUCUGGAGCGUGUGUACGAGAUGGGCCGCCAGUUCCGCAACGAGGGCAUCGACCUGACCCACAACCCGGAGUUCACCACCUGCGAGUUCUACUGGGCGUACGCCGAUUACCAAGACGUCAUGAACAUGACCGAGGAGCUGGUCUCCAGCCUGGUGAAGCACGUCACCGGCGGCUAUGAGACGACCUUCCACACGCAGACCGGCGAGGUCUACAACGUCAACUGGAAGGCGCCGUGGCGCCGCGUGGAGAUGAUCCCCGCGCUGGAGGAGGCGACGGGCGAGAAGUUCCCGCCGGGCGACCAGCUGCACACGGCCGAGACGGGCGAGUUCCUGAAGAAGGUCCUGGCCAAGACGGGCGUGGAGUGCUCGCCGCCGCUGACCAACGCGCGCAUGCUCGACAAGAUGGUGGGCGAGUUCAUCGAGGAGACCUGCGUCAACCCGACCUUCAUCAUGGGCCACCCGCAGAUGAUGUCGCCGCUGGCCAAGUACCACCGCAACAACGUCGGUCUGUGCGAGCGCUUCGAGGCCUUCGUCUGCAAGAAGGAGAUCUGCAACGCCUACACGGAGUUGAACGACCCCUUCGACCAGCGUCUCCGCUUCGAGGAGCAGGCCCGCCAGAAGGACCAGGGUGACGACGAGGCCCAGCUCAUCGACGAGAACUUCUGCACCAGUCUGGAGUACGGCCUGCCGCCCACCGGUGGCUGGGGUAUGGGUAUCGACCGUCUGGUCAUGUUCCUGACGGACAACUACAGCAUCAAGGAGGUGCUGGCCUUCCCCUUCAUGAAGGAGGACAAGACGGCGCAGGACACCAAGACUGCUGCUGAGGUGGUUGGCAUUGAGCCCAAGCCUGAAGAGGGUAUUCCCCACAAAUAAAUGACCAUUGCAUGGCUCUAGAUACAUAAGGAUGCAUGAAGACCAAGAUUUAAGAUAUAUGUCUAUACCGUUCGCCUUCUGUCUGGGAUAAUCUCAAUAAUGAAAACGCAAGUACGGUGGGAGUUUAAUCUCUGAUUUGUAGACACUGACCAUGUUCUUGGGUAGUCUUUCAAUGAU